AUGACAAAUGACGGUAAGCAAAAGCUACACAUAGCGGUGUUCCCGUGGUUGGCCUUUGGUCACAUGAUCCCAUUCUUAGAGCUAGCCAAGAACAUGGCGAGAAGGGGUCAUCAAGUCUCCUUCCUAUCGACCCCAAGAAACAUUGAGCGCUUACCAAGAAUUCCAUCAAAUUUAUCCCCAUUGAUAAGCUUAGUGAAGCUUCAUUUGCCCCCAGUUGAUGGCCUCCCGGACAACGCGGAGGCCACCAUUGACCUACCCUCUGACAAGAUUCACUUCCUCAAGAAGGCCUAUGACGGUCUCAAGGACGAGUUGACUCAAUUCUUACAUGCUUCAUCCCCGGAUUGGGUUGUUUACGACUUUGCUCCUUAUUGGUUACCCCCAAUUGCUGUGGAGCUUGGCAUCGCACGUGCCUUCUUCAACGCAGUUAACGCCUGGUUUUUGGCAUUUUUAGGGCCGUCAUCUGCUUUGAUUGACGGCUCUGAUCCGCGGACAACGCUGGAAGACUUUACGGUCCCACCUAAAUGGAUCCCGUCUUCUUCCAACUUGGCCCAUCGGUAUUACGAGAUCAAGUGGAUCGUGGAGGCCGCACAAAACAUUACCUCAGAUGUUUUGGACACGUAUCGACUUGGGUCCGCAAUUGCUGGGUGCGACGUCCUUGCCACACGUGAUUGUGAGGAGUUCGAAGCCCACUGGUUGACACUCCUCCAACAACUUAACAAAAAGCCUGUCGUACCAGUGGGUUUGAUGCCCCCAUUGGUUGACAUUAGCGGGGAGGAAACAAGUGACACGUGGUUGUCAAUCAGUGGUUGGCUAGAAAAUCAAACCAAGGGAUCUGUGAUUUACGUAGGACUCGGAAGUGAGUUGACUCUGAGUCAAGAAACACUUACUGAGUUAGCUCUCGGGCUAGAGAUAUCUGGUUUGCCCUUCUUUUGGGCCCUUAGAAAUCCGUCUGGCUUGAAUGAGUCAGACUCAGUGGAGUUGCCAGACGGGUUUCAGGAUCGAACCAAAGGUCGUGGAGUUGUGUGGACGACUUGGGUGCCUCAACUUAGGAUAUUGGCUCAUGACUCAGUGGGUGGUUUCUUGACUCACUGUGGUUGGAGUUCAAUUAUUGAGGGCCUUCAAUUUGGACAUCCACUUAUUAUGUUGCCCUUCAUGGUAGAGCAAGGGUUGAAUGCUAGGAUUUUUGAGAAAAACAAGGUGGGUAUAGAAAUACCGAGAGAUGAUCGAAACGGGUUAUUAUACCGAAACUCAGUAGCUGAGUCACUAAAGUUGGUAAUAACUGACGAUGAGGGAAAGGUUUAUAGGGAUAAAGCUAGAGAGAUGAGAGCUAUAUUUGGUGACAAGCUUCGACAUGACCAAUACAUAGACAAAUUUAUCGAGCAUCUACAAAACUACAGAAGUCUUCACAAGGAUUAA